GGAUUGUUGAGUUGUAAUAAUCUGUGAGAGUAUAUUCGGCCAAACCAAAUUCGGCCGGCGAACAAAACCCUCUCCGCCCAAACCCCCGCGGCGAGAUGGCAGCGCCGCCGCGGCGCGAUGCCGUCGGCGAGGACCUCAUCAGCAACCUCCCGCUCGAGCUCCGCUCUGCGAUCAUCUCCCGCCUCGCCACCGCCGAGGCCGCGCGCACCGCCGUCCUCUCCACGCGCUGGCGCGACACGUGGCGCGGGACCCCGCUCCGCCUCGACGACCUCGACCUCCCCGCCUCGCCCGGCCUCUCCAUCGCCCUCGCCACGGCGGCGGCGGGGACGCCCUGGGCGGCGCGCGCGGAUGCCGUCGCCGUCGCGCUCGCCUCCCACCCGGGCCCCGUCGAGCGCUUCCGCCUCGCCCGCACCACCCUCCGCGCUCGCGUCCCCACCGCCGAGGCCUGGUUCCGGGACCUCGCCGCCGGCGACCACCGCGCCCGCGAAGUCUCCCUCUUCUGCCCACCCGAGUGGUGCCACUGCGCGCUCGCCGACCCGCUCCUCACCUCCCCCACGCUCGAGACCCUCGCCCUCGGUGAGUGCCGCUUCUCCGACGCCGGGGCCGCCGCCGCCUCCGCGUCCCGCCUCACGGAGCUCUCCCUCUCCAGAACUCACAUCUCCGAGGCCGCGCUCCAGAGCUUGCUCUCCGGCUGCCCCGCGCUCCGUAGCGUCAUGCUCAAGCACAUCCAGGGGCCCCGCCGCAUCCACAUCAGUUCCUGCCGCAACCUCGUUCUGCUGGGGGUGUGGCAGUACAAGCUUCUAGAGGAGCUCACCGUGGAGGACGCCCCGCGCCUGGAGCGCCUGCUCGGCGACGCGCAUCUGGGAACAGAGAUCACCAUCGUCGGCGCGCCAAAGCUUACUGCUUUAGGCUAUCUCGUGGUGGGCUACCGGGAUUUCUUCCACGGCAUUGAAAUGCCUACUGCUCAGAAGAAGGUUGCCAAGGGAUUGCGUGCUCCUUUCAACAGCGUGAAGGUUCUGGCUAUCGGUGUGAUGUUAUCGAGCAAGAAGAACUUGGAGUCAGUGAUGAACUUGCUCAAGUGCUUCCCCUUCCUGGAGACAUUGCAUAUCCAGGGCAACAAGCGCGCCGAAGGGGAGUUUCACACAAUUGACUCAAACUACUACCAGAAGCUCGAUCCCGUUGGAUGUAUGGUGAACCAUCUCAAGAGCGUGAGGCUGGAAAUCAACAUUGAGAACCAAAGAAGCAAAGUUGAGAACCCAAACAUCCUUGAAUUUGUGUGUUUCCUCCUUGCAAAUGCGCAGGUGCUGCAGAUCAUGAAGAUUCAAUCUUCCAUGUUCAACAACCCUGCAUGGAUUACAGAAAAGCAAAAUCUGCUCAGUCAAUGUCACAGGGCCUCCGUGGAAGCCAAAGUCGUGCUCGAGGGCCUGAAAGUCGUACAUCGCAAGGGGUUCAGUAUAGAGGAUGUGAAUGCUCUGCCUGACCCCUUUGACAGUGAUAUCGACAUCAUGGGCUACUAAAACUGCAGGGAUGAUCAACAAUCAAACAGUUGAAGGCAUUUUGUGUUAUUUUUAGCAGGUUAUCUGAAUCUACUAUUUAAUAACUUUGGCUGCAUUUGAGGUUUCAUUCCGAAGAAGAGCAAUGUCCAUGGUGCCACUGGCAGAUAAUUUGUGUUGUACUGGGUUGAUGUUCUGAAUCUAGACAAUGAUUUAGGUGGCCUCUAUAUUUAAACCUUUAAGAUUUGCUACCGAUGAUUAGCAGGCAUUUUAUUCAUGUCAGUAAAUCAUCUGAGAUUCUGAAUCUAGACUAUAAUCUUGUUAUCAAUUUCACUUGUCGUUUUCCAAAUAUCUGAAGAAUAUUUAGGUUGAUGUUGUUUCUGUGCUUCCAUUAUCAGAUUUUGUGAUUA